AUGGCGGCGACAGCAGGCGUGCUCCAGCGCCGCCUCAACUACACGUCGAGGCUGCCGAGCGAGCUGAGCCUUCACGUGCUGCGGCGCCUCGGCCCGUGGGACCUCGUCGCCGCCUGCCGCGCGUGUGCCGCGUGGGAUCACAUCGCGAGGAGCGAGGGGAUGUGGCGGCACGCGUGCGACUACCGUUGGCCGGAGCGGUCUCGUGCGACGCCGCCGCUCCGUGCGGGCGACGGCGCGCCGCUCGAGAUGCCGCCCUGGCACCGCGCCGCGUGGCCGCACCGGCUGGCGGAGCUGAGCGAGCUGCCGCGGCACGUCAAGCUGCUGCGACGACCGCGCGCGGCCGCGCCGCAGGCGAUGAACGUCGCGCCGCUGCACCUCUGCACGGCGGAGCUGGCGCCGCUGCACGCCGAGCUGGGCAAGGCUCUGUGCUGGUGA